AUGCCAAAGGCUAAAUCCUCAAAGCCAUCGGCCUCGGCUCCUCAAGCUGCGCCUCAAGUGGCACCGUCAUGGCCCAUGUUCAAGCCCCCUCUGCCAGUUGUUCAGCUAUAUCCAGAGCUGCAUCCCGCAACGUCAAAUAUUGUUCUAGUCUCAUCUUUUUUCCCUCGUUCUCUCUGUCGCGAUUAUGUGGCAUAUCUCAAGACGUUGCCACUGCAGACAACCCCUUCAAAGCCGAAGAAAGGGGAAGCAGUCCGUGUAAAUGAUAGAUUCCAGAUCAACGAUCCAGGCUUCGCCCGCAGGUUGUGGGACACUACCGGGCUAAAGGAGCUGAUUCUGGAAGAUGAAUCGAUCAAUAGCCUUUGGGGCGGCGAGCCCAUCGGUCUCAAUCCCAAUAUCCGCAUAUACCGCUACUCCAAAGGUCAAUAUUUUGACUGUCACUAUGACGACUCGAAUUAUCUGAUGCUUGACUCUGUAUCUGUCAAAACGACCUGGACGCUCCUCUUGUAUCUAACUUCUGCCGCAGAGGGAUGCAUUGGUGGAGAGACAGUAUUCUAUCCUCAUGAUCGCAAAUCAGCGGCUGAAGAAAUCGCGGUGUCGCUCGAAACCGGAAUGUUGCUUUUGCAUAAGCAUGGCGACGAUUGUCUACUGCACGAAGGAAGAGAAGUCCAAGAAGGAGAAAAGUGGGUGCUCAGAACCGAUCUAUGUGUCAGGCGAUGA